AUGAAGAUCCACACUGGCGAAAGGCCGUACCUGUGCAACACCUUCAACAAACCCUUUACUAAAUCAUCAGCUCUUAAAAGCCACAUAAUCACGCACAUGGGCGAGAAGCCCUACAUCUUCAAAACAUGUGGAAAAAGUUACAGAGAACGUUCCAAACUGGUGAUUCACUCAAGGAUCCACACGGGCGAGAAGCCCUACAUUUGCAAAACAUGUGGAAAGAGUUACAGGCUACGUUCCACCCUGGUGGUUCACUCAAGGACCCACACCGGCGAAAGCCCGUCCCUGUGCAACACGUGCGGGAAAACCUUUACUAAAUCAUCACAUCUUAACUGCCACAUAACCACACACACGGAUGAGCUUAUUGGAGUGGAGUAUCUCUACAAGCAAACUGGUAAAGUGCUGCAGGAUUACAACGUGGCCAUUGAGCAGUCAGAGAAUAAUGUGGUCCAGGUGGAUGAGAGUUUCAUUGAGACUGAGGAGUUUGUAAACAUGACCCUUCCAUCCUUGGAGACAGUGCGAAGACCUGCCGUCUCACAAUCGUCUGCAGCUGCUCCUAUUCCACCACUUUCAGCUCCUCCAUCUACCAGCUCCACAUGUCUGCCAGCAGUUCCUCCUUCAGCUCCAUCAACCAGCUCCAUGUCUCUGCCAGCAGUCCCUUCUUCAGCUCCAUCAACCAGCUCCAUGUCUCUGCCAGCAGUCCCUCCUUCAGCUCCUCCAUCUAUCAGCUCCACAUGUCUGCCAGCAGUCCCUCCUUCAGCUCCAUCAACCAGCUCCAUGUCUCUGCCAGCAGUCCCUCCUUCGGCUACGGCUUCUCCUUUGGACAGCCUACUGAUGGCUAAAUCCAGGCCAGCAAUUCUUCCUGCUACUCAAUGCUCCCCAACACAGCAACCUUCGUCAGGAGCUGCUGCUCAAGCUUCUGAAGCCUCCUCCUCACAUGAUGAUUCAGUUGGGCCUGACAACAUCGAAGGGUAUGGAGCAGUACAAGACUUGGCAGAGUUUUUGGUUGGCCUCAGACACCACCGUCUUGCCUUGAGUGGAGAAGAGGCCAACCAGGUCAUCACCUUGUGGCAAAUGCUGGGGGAGUACGACAAAAGAAAAACCAUUUACCCAAUACGUCACCGAACCAACCUGUCACAGGGUCGACUCAGGGCAACCAAAAAGAUUGUGGCACCAGGUGUAGAGAGCACCAAAAGAUCUUUCAUCGGGGCCCACAGUCCAGCUCAGUGGCCUGACUGUAACAGGGUGGUGGAGGCCGUCUUCCUGAGACUCUGUGCCCUCUACCCAAAUGCUGUGCACUGUGAUGGUAAAAAGGUGUCCCGGUUCACAAUGAUGGCUCGUUUAUACAAACACAUCCGGGAGUGUGUAAUAACAAACAGUAGAGUGAUGAGUGAGACCACCAUCCAGCUCCCCGAAGUAAACGCUGCCACACUCACACAAUGGUGA